AUGUGUUCCUCAAGGAAAAGAAAGAUCAAUACCGAGGAAAUUGUUGGAGAAGAGCCAAUUCCAUCCACCGACGAUCUGAUUCACAAGUUCGACAAAUUUUAUGACAAGAUUGUGAGCGAAAAAAAGAGGAAAGAUCUGUUUUAUGAGCAUCUCCUUGACUUCUUAUUGCUUUUGAGAAAGGAUGUAAGUAUUUUGAUAUCGUGUUUUUGGUUUUAGAUGCACUCUUCAUUACCUUACUUUAGGCUGAAGCCAGAAGAGCUGUUGCCAAAAAGAUUGAUGUCAAAUUUUUAAGUAAAUUGUUGAUCAGAUACACGGCAACGCAGAAUGAGGUGGAUCGAUGUAUAUUUGAAUGCCUGAAGUUUAUAGAGCGAGCGUUAUUCGUCAAUCUGAAGUGAGACAUACUCUAACACCAUUUUGGAUUUUUAGGUACCAAAGUCAACUAAAACUUCUCGUUUCAGAUGCGUAGCUCCUUUGGUGUUCUCGGAGAAAAGCCGGGCUUACUAUGAUAACUUGAUUCAAUUUGGAAGGUCGUUGAGUAACGUUUUGAAGCCAGAUCAGGUAAGAAUUUAGUUUAUUGUUGAAUUUUGCUUUUAGGUAUUGACAUAUUUUAAUCCUGAGUUGGUCAAGAAGACAGCAGGCUCUAUGGUGAACUCAGAAUACAGGAACGAACCGUUGGCAGAUCUGUACGAUCCACGAUUUGUUCUGAUGUUGUACUUGACAUUGGUCAAACCCGGAAGUGAUGUGAGAUUCAGCUUAUUUUUGAAUUUUCUUGGACACUGAUCUAGUUUUUAAGACAGAAUGGGGAAUAUUCUAGAUAACGAGACUACUUUUCAAGCUGUAUUUUCAUAUUUCAGCUCUCCACGAGAUGUUUUGUGACUUCAAAUUGUCUUCAUUUUACUGUCGCUUCCUUGAGUUUCCAAUCCGACGAACUUCGAGCCAUCGCUUAUCGAGUCCUCAAUGACUUCAACAAGCAUCUCAACGACCUCAGUGCCGAGAAUUUCCCGCAGAAAACCUUGUUUAUUUAUCUUAUUAAAUUGCUCAAAAAUAGCAUCACACAGCCCAAUGAAAGGAUUGUUUCUCGUAGGUUAUAACAUUUUUAUUCGAUUCUUUUGAUGUUUAGCAAUUACCCGAUACUUGUGCGAAGUGUUUGACGUCACAAUGGAUCCAUUACAUCCACUUUUCAAAGGCGUUUGGUCCGCUCUUCUUCAAAAACCAACGUUGGACCUCAAAAAGCUGCCUGAAUUUACCAAAUUCUUCUUCUCAACAUCUUCAAUUGCCUUUAACAAGGAAAGGCAGUGGAUUAUGGAGAUUGCAGCAUCUUCUGUCAGAUGCCCAUCGGAUUACAUGGCGUUGAGAAGGGCGUACGUGGCCGAGACUGCGAUGGGCGCCUUCACUUCGUGUGUUUUGAACAGAGCCGUCAAGCUGGAGAUCCUCAAGUUCUUCAAAUCGUGUCUGAAAUACCCAACCGUCGCCAUGGAUCUGACUUUGCGGUUGAACAUCCCAACUUGGAUUUCUUAUAUCACUAAAGUAAGGAAUGUCAAGUGUAAUAUAAAAAAAAAAAUUUUUGUCGAUUUUUUUGUUGAAAUGGCAAUUUAUCGUCGUGAAUUGAAUAAUUUUAGCACUCAACGACGACAAGAUUCGAACAAGUCUUCUUAACUCAACUUUUUGUCGAAAAUCUCAGCCAGAUAAUGCAAUUUAGAUCAAUUGCGGAGAAUGUUUUGACCAGAUUGACUUUGAAAUUGGCUGCACAGAAGGUAAUUCCAUGUUUUAUAGUACUAUUUAUCAACCUUUUUUGUAUAUUUGUUGAUCAUAGAUUUUUUUGUAUAUUUGUUAAUCAUAGAUAACAUCGAUUUUAUUUUCAGGUCCUCGAAAGUAUAAAUUCAAUGGAUGAUGAUGGAAAACAAAAGUACUCCAACACAGUUGAUGUCUUUUUAAAGACUGGAAAAGUAGUUUUUGAACAGACGAAGGAGGAAAAAGUAGACGGGAAUGAAGAAAAGGAAGAAAAUAAAGAAGAAGAGCCAAAAAUAAAUGUGGAAACGAAUAAAAAUACAGAUGAACCAGCACAGAAUGGAAUUACACCCAAGGUGAAUGGAGAUUCCGAGCCAGUCAGGAAGAAAAAGAGUAAAAAACACUAAAAUACGACUGUUUUUGUUACAUUUCUCAACAUUUCUGUUGUUGUUCGUUGUUAUUUGUUGAAAUAAUAAAACUUUUAAUGGUUAUGCAGCGGCAAAUGGUGGUAAAAUACGUUUAAUGGUACGGUGUAACAAGUUUUGGUUUUAGUGUGGUCCUACUUUCAAAUAACGAGUAAUUGAAAUGCGCCCCGACACGAAAACAAUGAGCGCCAAAAAAUUUUGGCAUUGUCUUUCAAAAAAAUAUUUUUGCAAAAAUAUCGAAAAAUUGUUUUGGAGGGUUUUACUUCGAUUUUAGAACGCAAUUCGACGUUGAAAAAGUGAUUUAUUUGUUUUUCAGCCAAUCUUUUCUUGAUCAUGAUCCGCCCAGAGAUUGGAGUGACCACUUUCCUCAACUCCACCGCCGAAUACAAACCAUGGCCGUGUAUUUUCAAACAGAAUUAUUCUGAUUUCCUAGUGUUAGAAGUGUUGACGGAUGGGACGACUGCUCAAAUCAGUGAUGGCAGCAAAGAUGUUGUUCCGCGGGUGAAGGAAGAAAAGGAAGUUGUUUUACCCAGCAAGUUGAGUGAAGAGGACAAGGAAAAGCUGGGAAAACUCGCCGAAUUGGGAGAAGUCGGGAUCAAUGUCGAAGUAUGUUUGGCUUACUGUAUUGUUUUUUGAUUUUAGAGUAGCAGAAGCUUGGUUAUCACAAUAUGGAGGAAAAUUUGAUAAAUUUUAUGUUGUUUAGGGCUGGUCAAAAGACGAACGCCGAGAACUUCAUGAAUACGUCCGAUCUUUGGGUCCUUAUGAUUCUCGAAUGGAUGGUCAAGAGGUUAAAGCGUUCAAGCCAAAACCUAGUGGUCGAAAGAGGAAAUUCUGGCCUAGGGAUAUCCCCGAACAUCUUCAUUUCACAUUGUCCAAAGCCGACUACGAGACGAGUUACGCAAUCGGGAUUGUAUCCAAAUUUUUGAAGCAAGUGUUUUCUUACUUUUUUACAUGCCUUCGAGAGCGGUUAGACCUCCAUUACACUUGGGUUUACUUACUUUUUGAUAUCUAUCUAUUACAAUAAAUUUUUUAGUCGAACUCCCGACUCUUUUGGUUAUUGUGGCCUGAAGGACCGACGAGCGAUUACUGCGCAAAGAGUAUCUGGCUUCCAUGUUGAUGCUUUGGAGUUAUUGGCAUUGAACUCACGAUUGAAGGGCAUCAAAGUCAGCGCUCCGAAGUACGAAGAUAAACGACUGACGCUUGGGAAUUUAUGGGGAAACCGAUUUGAAAUUGCAUUGAGAGAGUUUACAGAGUAUAAUGAUGAGCAAUUAAAGGUGAGAUUAAAAAAUAUUUAGUAGGCUUUGUGGCCAAACAGUUUUUUUGGUACCUAAAUUGAAUUAAUGCUGUUUAUUUUAGGACAGAAUCGACGAAUGGAGCCAAAAAGGGUUCCUCAAUUAUUUUGGCGAACAGAGAUUUGGGUCUUUUUCGGUCUCGACAGCUGAUGUUGGUCUAAAAAUCCUUCAAAAAGAUUUUGAAGCUGCUGUAAAUUUGAUCCUGGAGCCGAAGGAGAAUACUAAAGGUAUGUGUAUUUCUUUUUUGUUAUUAUUUCCUCUUUAGGAUCGAUUGGCGAUUGUCUGAAAACAUAUUCCGAGACAAAAGAUCCAGCUAAAGCUCUAAGCCAACUUCAAGGAAAUUUGAGGAACCAAGUGGAAGCAAUUGCCCUAAAACAGCUCGAAAAGAAGCCAGGAGACUAUAGAGCAGCGAUUCUCGCGAUCCCACGGCAUCAGCGGUCGCUGUAUGUCCAUGCUUAUCAAUCCAAAAUUUUCAAUCAAAUCGCUUCGAAAAGGGCCGAGAAAUUUGGCUUGAAAGUGUUGGAAGGAGACAUUUUCCUGGUCGAUAAAGAAGUGUCAGAUAAAGGAGAUAAAAUCGAAGAUGUUAUAUUACCAUUACCAUCGAAUCGGAUGAGGAUUCCGUCGAAUGAAGGUGAUUUAUAAGAUCAUUUUGUGUAAGUAAUAUAAUUUUAGUGGGUCAGUGGUACAAAGAGAUCAUGGAGAAGGAUAAUAUAACAGAAGGAGCCUUCAGCGACCUUCACAAGUAAGAAUUUGAGAGUUAUACUUGAUAUUUUGGGCAGAAGUAUAUGAUUUAUAUCAUUUUAGAGACUUUGCCGUCUCCGAAUCCUUCCGAAAUUACAUUGAGAAGCCGAGAGAAGUCCAGUACGACCUGGUUGGGUACAAUAGUCUCAAUACCGUCCUUCAAAGUGCUGAACCGUUUGCAAUAAUAAAUCAGGAAGACUUGAAGUCACCAGAAGAAGGGAAAUUCCAAGCAUUGAGGGUGAAAUUCUCUUUACCCUCGGGCUGUUAUGCAACCAUUGCAUUGAGGGAGUUGUUGAGGAUAGAUUUGAGUAAGAAUGCGCAAAGAGAAGCCACCGAAAAUAGUCGGGAGAAAGAAGGAAAUGUUGAGUAA